AUGUUUUCGAUACAGAGGCGCCGGUUGGGUCUAACAUUUUUCAAGACAACUUCGUUCUUGUCGGGAAUUCCCCGUCGCCUGUUUGCGAACAGCAUUAAAAACAAGAAACCCAUCACCUGCGUCCUUAGUCCUACCUGCCGAUACGCAUUUGUUGCCAGUGCGGCUUUCAGUGGCGGGAUACUAGCAUCUUAUCUCUUCUAUCAACAAUCUCCAUCCACAACAACGGAAGCUGUUAAAAAGCCCGUGGAUAUACAACCUGUCAAUGUGAAUUCUUUGCGGGACACUAAAGCGGCUUGUCAUGUACCUUCGUUAUCUAUAGAGCAAUCUAACGAGCGACUACGGGCCAACGAAGCGGAAUAUGUCAUAAAACAUCUGGGAGAUUGUCAUUAUCACCGAAAUACUUUGCCUAGCAACUCAGUGACGGAAGAUGCACAUGAAGAGGCUGUCGUGAAAUUGUCUAGUGGCCAUUUUUUAGGCCUUUGGGGGAUAUAUGAUGGUCAUAUGGGAUCUGCGAUGUCCACCGCCCUGUCCAAAACGUUAACGAGUGCCGUCGCCAUUGAAUUAGACAAAGUCCUCUCACCAGGUGUUAAUUUUUCAGUUGACACAGUCAUGCGUACCAUCAAGCAUACCUUUCUCAAGGUCGACGACUACUUUGUCUGGCAGCGUCACGAGGAAUUGCUCCAGCAUACACCUCCAGAUUCAAGUAUUACACGAGAUCCCCUGUCCUUGCCAGCUACAAAUCUUCUCCAGGAAGCCCUUGCAGGAUCAUGUGCUCUACUUUCAAUCUACGAUUAUCAGUCUCGUCUCUUUUAUGUAGCAGUAGCCGGUGAUUCUCGAGCAGUUCUCGGACGUCGCAGUAGCAAAAAUACCUGGACUGCCAAAGCGCUUUCUCGGGAUCAAUUUAGCUUUAAUCCUGAUGAAAAGGCCCGAAUCCAGUCCCAACAUCCUGGAGAGUUAGACGUACUAAAAAAGGGACGUCUCCUAGGACUUCUAGAGCCCACUCGAGCAUUUGGUGGUAUGUACUUCAAAUGGACGGAUGAAAUGCAGAGUAUGAUUCGGACGAAGUAUUUGAAUGAUCAUAACCAGGCAAGGCAGACAGUUCCAAACACGACUCCACCGUAUCUCACCGCCGAACCUGUCGUUACAGCCACAUCCAUUCGGCCUGAGAAAGAUGAUUUUAUCGUUAUGGCCUCGGAUGGAUUGUGGGAGUUGUUGAGCAAUGAAGAGGUCGUCGGGCUGGUCGGACAGUGGAUAGACGGGCAAAAAGAUAAAUGUGACGUAGGAGGCAAGGGUAUUGUCAUCACAGCCUCUACCAGUGAUUCGACUGAGCAAAAAGGACCUGAUUCAAACCGUCUGGGGGAUUUCAGUCCAAGUGAAAGGUUCACCUGCGAAGAUAGCAACGCAGCCACACAUUUACUUCGAAAUGCCUUGGGUGGGAAGUUACACCAGGGUCAAAUGUUUCGUGCUAUGUUGACGCUCUCAUCCCCAUUAAGCAGAGCCUAUCGGGAUGAUCUCACCGUCAUGGUUCUUCUUUUUGGCGAAAUGCCGAGCGAUGGAGGAUCUAUUACAAGUAGUUCAGCUUGA